AUGCCGAAAAAACUACAAAAGCGCAGAAAGGUUGAUAAAAAUAGAUAUGUUAAAAAGUUACAUCGUACUGGUGAAAUUUGGAACAGUCAACCUAACGACGUUGACAAUAAUAAUCCGAUCGCCGGAUCUAACAAUAAUUACAACCGUAAUGAAAAACCCACAACCAUUUCCGGCGACGACAUAAACCGUCAUCAGUGUUCAGAAGAAUCGUCUCAACAAAAGUUAUUCAAUAUAAACAUUAAUCAAGCGGCUGACUGGAGGUGCCGAAUUUGUGACCGUAUUUGGUACAGAAAGGGGAUUAGAUCUCUCACCGUGACCCAGGAAAUUUACGACCUCCUCGACGGCGUCCCCAACAAGUACAUCCCCACGGUGAAGGCCAAUCUCCUCCCCGCCGUUCUCGAAGUAAUCACCUGUUGCCACCGAUGUCAUGAAAGUUUGAGUAAGCGAAAGGUACCUGCGGUAGCUCUUCUCAAUAACAUGUUCGUUCCAGCUUCGCCGGAAGUCAUCCGCAAGUUAUCUGAGGUCGAGACCAGAGCAGUGAGUCGGGCCAAGGCGUUUUUAAAGAUAUUCAAAUUGAGUCGUGGUCGUGGGCAAGCUGCGCUACGAGGGCAAGUCAUCCACUUCGCUCAAAGUGUGGAGGAGGUCCAAGAGCAGCUGCGACUUGGGCCGAAUAACAAUUACGGGACUGUUGUCGUGACCGAAUCCGUGGAGAACUUUCCUCACUCGUCGGUCUACCAGUUACGCCCACAAGAAUUGCGAGAGGCGCUGCAGUGGCUGCUCAUAAAUAAUCCAGGUUACUCGAACGUCACCCUGGACCAGUUUCACGUGGACGGUAUCCGGAUCCAGGACAUCGUGAUUCGAGAGGAAGCGGAUGUCAUUCCAAGUCCUGAGGAAAUCACUCGACGACGAGGGCACCGUAUCCAGAACACGUACUCCGUCGUUCCAGGAAAGCCGUGGAUGUCAACGUUGGAGAUGAGUUUUUGCCAGAGCGCUCCGAUUUUUGGGGACGCAGCAGGGAACCAGUGCACAGCAAUUUGUGCCGUUGCCGCCGCAUACGCCGCAGUCAAGCCGCCCAAUGACUGGCUUAUUCAGGAUGGGGACAGGAUUCUGACGGAGGGCGACUUCUACAAUAAUCAAUGAUCAAUGUCGGAACCGUCUGGCAGGUAUCAUCGUCAACGUAUUUCAUUAUAAUGGAAUAAAUAAA